AACUAGCUGAGGGGCUCGCUAAACGCUCGCCGAGCUCCAUGCUGUGCAACACCACCUCCUCACUAAUUGUCAGGGGCGCGGAGAGCGCAGUGCACUGCGGUGAGGCUGCGCAGCGGGGGCUCGCCCCCUGCACCGCGCUCAGCGGCACAGGGGAGGGCGGUCGGUGGCGGCGGCGGCGAGGCGCGAGGCGGUGGCGGCGGUGGUGCGGGCGGCGGGAUGACAGGGGAGGCGGCGGGAUUGACAGGGGAGGCGGCGGCCACGAGCGGAGCGGCGCGAGAAGGGGGGGGGGCGGCGGCGAGGCGCCGGUGAGCGAGGCGCCCGCGCCAUCAGAGGGACGCGCCGCUGCGAGAUGGAGGGCGGCGGUGACGGAGGCGAGGCGCGAGGCGGCGGCGGCGGCGGCGGCGGCGGCGGCGGCGGCGGCGAGUCUCGGUGAGCGGCGGCGGGAGGAGGAGCAGCGGCGGCGCUCGCUCGCUGUUGACGGGAGCGCUUUUGAGCCUGGGAGCCCAUGCCACUG